UCUAACCUAGAAGUUAUUGGAACGUUCUCGCUAAUCCAUUUGAUGCCAGUACCAGACUGAUCGAUAUGAAAUAUGGUUUUGUUGACAAGCAGUUUGAUCGUUGCUGCAGUAGUUGGAGUCAUUGCUGGUGUUCUGAUUGGAUGCAUUGGUGUUGGAGGAGUUAUUUUAGUUCCGUCAUUAAUCCAGUUACCAGAUGUAAACGUUUCUCUCGCUGUUCCCGCUUGUCUCUUCUCGUACAUAUUUGGGGGCGUGGUUGGAGUGAUUACCUAUUCCUGCAAACGGAAAAUUGAUUGGAGACAAGCGUGUCUAUUCUGCGUAGCGGCGGCACCUUCAGCGUUGCUCGGAGCCUAUCUUUUUCACCUGAUCAAUGGAUUUGCAAUUAAAAUAACAGCGUACGCACUGACUUUCAUCACAUCUAUGUUUACUCUGGUUCGUGUAUGGAAAGAAAGACGUGCUGCAGCUGAAGAAGUUCAACAAGAGUCAGUUGAAGAUGAGAGAGUUGCAACGAGUAUCAUCCAGGCAGCAGAUAACGUUUCAGUAUGUAGGACAGAUGAGCAGCCAAUAGAUCGCAGGCAUUCACUAAAUGAAAACUCUGAUAAUCCAACAACGAGUGAAGAGAGUGCAUUAAUACUAGAAACUGAAGACAUGAAGAAAAGAUGCAACAAGCACAGUGUGUGGCUGCGUGCUCUAAUUCAAACAGGAAUGGGAUCUUUAGUUGGCCUUGGUUCUGCUCUGACUGGAACAUCUGGCCCCGUCAUUCUUCUUCCAAUGUUGAUAUGUCUACGUUGGGAUAUCAAGGUUGCUCUUGGAAUAUGCCAGGUCAUUCAAGUACCUAUUGCUGUUGCAUCCACUCUCGGCAAUGUUUUCUUUGGGAAAAAUAACGUUGACUUUGUUCUGGGCAGCUGCAUUGCUGCUGGCUUAGCACCAGCUGUUAUCAUAGGAGCUCUGGUGGCGAACAAGAUUCCUGCAAGGCCACUGAAGAUUACUGUGUCUGUAAUGCUCAUCGUUGCCAGCUUGGGACUGUUACUCUGGGAAUCAGCUAAAGCGUGAGCAUGUGUGUAGACUAUUCAAUUGCAGGAAGUCUGUACCAUCUUUCAUGUGUGAUCUGAGAGCUGUCUUGACAUCGCUAAGUCUUGAUAUUUUACUAUGCUGAGACACUCAAGUGGAGGAACAAGGCAAGACACUACAUGUUGUAGAAGCAAAAAUGUGAACAUUACUGGGCCUUGUAAAAAUGGUGCAAAAUAUAUUCAGCAAACGAGGA